UUGUAGUCCGCUCGCACUUUCAAACUCAGCUAAAGUCGUUGGGAGGUGGCAUACCGAUGGUUCCGCCACAUAUUUUCGUUAUAAUAUCCGUCUAGAAGACGAUAUUAAUCAUCAAUAACUUACUUUACAGGUUCAAAAUGGAGGCAGAAGAAAGCGUGGUGGGAGUGGGGAGUCCAUUUGCAUGGAUGAAGUCUAAUGACAACUGCCCGCAUACCAGCAAUGACUCUGGCUACAGCUCUGGUAUAUUUGUAUCUCCUGAAGCCAAGAAUACUUCAUUGAAGCAAGUGAAUGUUAAACCAAGAGUGAGCACACCUCACGACGGCAUCAAGUCAACAAGGAGUCUAGAAAGUCUCCUGCCUCCUUCAGUAGAAAUAGAUAUUAUACCAGCACUUGACGUGAAUUGUCUUUUAUCAAAAGCUGAUUCAUCCUUCAAUCUUUGCUCACCCACAAGCAAGUGUAGUCCUGGCUCGAAAAGCCCAUAUGGCAAAUCAAGAUCUUUUGAGGAUGUCAGCACUGUGGCCAAAGAGCCAACAGCUCCUUCCCCACGCAAGGCCAGUAUAGAAGUCAAGAGCCGCAUCUGUUCUAGAACCCAAGCACUCUCAGGACCCAUCUUAAGACACAGAAGGUCUCAGAAUGUCUUAGUCCGCUUGUUACAAGAGGCAGAUUAUAUAGUCGAGGAGAUUCUCAAAUACCUACCUCCACGGGAUCUAAUACGACUCAGCCACGUGAAUAGACAACUGCGUCAGAUCAUCUUGGGACAUAAUAUUUCCAAUGCACGACGAUUAGCUUAUAUAAACAGUUUCAAAAGGGAAAGGGAACAUCAAGGAAAGGAAAACUUCAAAUUGAAGAGGCUAAACACUGAGGCUAGUCUGUCUGGCUUUUUGCCUCUCUCACCGCGAAAGCCCCUCACAAACCUGCAGAACCGUACACAAGAGAGUCCAAAGAAGCAGCCUCCUUCUCCCAUUCGAACGCUGUCCCAGAGGUUCAUGGAGGAGGGCCGUAAGCUCCCGCAGGGUGAACAGCUGCAGAAGUGCGUCAAGUGCAAAGCUCCUGCCAAGGUGCAGAAGUCAUCCUUCCGGGCUGUCUGCUCUAAGGCGACCUGUGGCUAUGACUACUGCACUCGGUGCCUCCUUCAGUCUCACCGCAAACCCCAGGAGUGCCCGGUUCUCAAAGCUCGACCUAGGAGCAGCAGAGGACUGAUUUCCUCCAAGAGCUGCAAGAGGAACUUGAGGAGGUUAUGAUAGGGGUCUACCAGGAAGGAAAAUUUUAUAUAUUUUUUUUUUUUACUGAAUAUUAAAUUAUUAGUAAAGGUAUUUGAAUGUUGUGAGUGUGAAAAAGAAUUUAUUUUUAAAAGAAAGGAAGAUGAAGUAGCAGGAUUUUAUUUUUUGCAUUACCUAAAUGCAGUGCCAUAGAACAUGAAGUUUUAUUCCAUCUUUGCCAGCUGUGAUGAUUUUGAAGGAUCUCAUUUGGGGGGACUUUUGUACUUUCCCAUUUCGACUUACCACGUCUCUGCUUUGCAAUUCUGGCCCACACAUUGCCCCAGUCUUGACUAUUCAAAGCAGGUUUGGAUACAUCUGAUACAAUUUUGUUUCCGGUGAACUAUGUGGAUUGCCACUGUAUAGGCUACAGAUCCAGAAAAAUCAGCAAAACUACAUAUUUGAUAGGGUUUUAGAUGGUGUACAAAUGAUUAUGAUUUGAGUGCUAUGUUUUAUUUUUAAGCUGUGUUUUAUUUUCAAUUUGUAAGGUGAAAUUGCUCAGUUAGUGUGUGUCUUUGGAGGAUAGAAGAAAUUUAGUCACUUCUUUCUGAUCUUGGAGAUUGGUGUGCUUUUGCAUCCUUUUCUUAUCUCUGAAUUCUAACGUAGAGGAAAAUGAACUGCAGAUGUUAUCAUUAAUGUUUGUGGGGAAAGGGUAUAAUUGAUUUAUGAGAAUGCCUGUAACCCAUUUUUUCACUUUUUUCUCUACAAAAUCCGAUCAGUGCCUCUCCCUCUUCUCCAUAAUCCUUUCUACGUUAUUUGCUUCUGCUUUUUCAAAGUCUGCUUCUCCUGCAUUUUCUUCUGUUUAU